AUGGGACGGCGGGGAGCUGGGAGGCGGGGGUUGCCGUCACGGAGCCCCGCCGGGAGCAUGGCUCUCGCUGCGUCGCUGCUGCCACCGCUGCUGCUCUUGGGGCUGCUGUUGGGGCGGCCGGGGCUGGGGGCGCCGGGGCAGGGCGCGGGCACCUGGUCCCGCUUCGCCCGGCUGCCCUACCCGCAGGACCAGCUCUUCCUCCACGACACCUUCCCCGACGGCUUCCUCUGGGGCGCGGGCAGCGCCGCCUACCAGACGGAGGGCGGCUGGCGCCAGGGCGGCAAGGGCGCGUCCGUCUGGGACACCUUCGCCCACCGCCCGGCCACGCCGCCGGGGGCCGCCCCGCCGGGGCCCGUGGGCGGCGACGUGGCCAGCGACAGCUACAACAACCUGUUCCGCGACGUCGAGGGGCUGCGGCGCCUGGGGGUCUCGCACUACCGCUUCUCGCUGUCCUGGGCCCGGCUGCUGCCCAACGGGACCGCGCCGCCCAACCCCGCCGGGCUGGCGCACUACGGGCGGCUGCUGGCCCGCCUGCGGGAGCUGGGCGUCGAGCCCGUCGUCACCCUCUACCACUGGGACCUGCCGCAGGCCCUGCAGGACGCCUUCGGCGGCUGGGCCAGCCCCGUCCUGCCCCGGCUCUUCCGCGACUACGCCGAGUUGUGCUUCCGGCACUUCGGCGGGCAGGUGCGCUACUGGCUGACCAUGGACAACCCCUACGUGGUGGCCUGGCACGGCUACGGCACGGGGAGGCUGCCGCCCGGCGUGCGGGGAGGCCCGCGCCUGGGCUACCUGGCGGCCCACCACCUGCUCCAGGCCCAUGCUAAGGUCUGGCAUCUCUACAAUGACCAUUUCCGUCCAGCUCAAAGAGGAAAAGUGUCCAUUGCCCUUAGCUCCCACUGGAUAAAACCCCAGCAUAUGACUGAAAAGAACAUAAAAGAAUGCCAAAAAUCCCUUGAUUUUGUGCUUGGCUGGUUUGCUAAGCCCAUAUUUAUUGAUGGUGACUAUCCAGAGAGCAUGAGGAGCAACCUCUCAUCUCUGUUGCCUGAAUUCAGUGAGGCUGAGAAGAAGUAUAUCAAGGGAACAGCAGACUUUUUUGCUCUUUCUUUUGGAGCUACCUUGAGUUUCCAGCUUUUGGACUCCCACAUGAAAUUCCAGCAGUUGGAAUCAAUAAGCCUGAGGCAGCUCCUUUACUGGAUAAACAGUGAAUAUAACAACCCCCAAAUAUUCAUUGUGGAGAACAGCUGGUUCGUUUCUGGUACCACCAAGAAAGAUGAUGCCAAAUAUAUUUACUAUCUCAAGAAGUUCAUUAUGGAAACUUUAAAAGCUAUCCGGUACGAUGGAGUUAAUGUGUUUGGCUACACAGUCUGGUCCCUCCUGGAUGGCUUUGAGUGGCAUAGGGGCUACAGCAUUCGACGUGGAUUGUUCUAUGUUGAUUUUCAAAGCCAUGACAAGAAGCUGAUGCCCAAGUCUUCUGUCUUGUUCUAUCAAAAGCUGAUAGAAAAAAAUGGCUUUCCACCUUUGCCUGAAAACCAGCCCAUAGAAGGUGUUUUUCCCUGUGGCUUUGCUUGGGGAAUUGUUGACAACUACAUUCAGGUAGACACGACACCUGCCCAGUUCCUUGACUCCAGUGUUUAUGUGUGGGAUGUUCACCAGACGAAGAAGCUCAUUAAAGUGGAUGGAGUUUACGCCUCAAAGCGCAAGCGUCACUGUGUUGACUUCGCUGCUAUCAGGCUCCAGAUCUCUCUUCUGCAAGAAAUGAGUGUCACACACUUCCAUUUUUCACUGAAAUGGUCUUUAAUCCUUCCUUUAGGUAACCUUUCUCUAAUCAAUCACACACUUGUACAUUACUAUCAGUGUUUUGCUAGUGAACUUCUCAGAGUUAACAUAACUCCUGUUGUUGCUUUAUGGCAACCUAUGAUUGAGAAUCAGGAGCUUCCAGUUUCUCUUGCCAAAUAUGGGGCUUGGGAGAACACAGAAACUGUUCAGGCUUUUGUUGAGUAUGCCAGAUUCUGCUUUACAAAUCUUGGGGACCAUGUCAAAUUUUGGAUCACCAUGAAUGAACCAUCUGUGAAAAACCUGACAUACACAGCAGGGCACAACCUUUUGAAAGCCCAUGCAAAAGUCUGGCAUCUUUAUGACAAAGAAUUCAGGAGAUCUCAGAAGGGCAAAAUAUCUAUAGCUUUGCAAGCUGACUGGGUAGAACCAGCUUGUCCCUUUUCCAGGAAUGACCAAGAGGUUGCUGACAGAAUUUUAGAGUUUGACAUUGGCUGGCUUGCAGAGCCCAUCUUUGGGAAUGGAGACUACCCAGAGGUGAUGAGAGCGUGGCUUCACCGGAUAAAUGGCGUUGACCUGUAUAAUUUCCACUUGCCUUACUUCUCAGAAGAUGAAAAGAAGUUAAUACAGGGCUCAUUCGAUUUUUUUGCCUUGAGUCACUACACUACUACCCUUGUGGGCUCAGAGAAAGAAGAUGCAGUAAAAUAUGACCACUACCUUGAAGCUCAAAUGAUCAAUGACAUCACAUGGCUUCACUCUCCCAGCAGAGCUGCAGUAGUGCCCUGGGGACUGCGUAAAUUGCUCAAGUGGGUGAAAUCAAAGUAUGGCGAUGUCCCAGUUUAUGUUAUGGCUAAUGGAAUUGAUGAUGACCAGAAUAUGGUGCACGAUAAGCUCAGAGUGUAUUACAUACAGAAUUACAUUAAUGAAGCUUUAAAAGCUUACACCUUGGAUGACGUGAACCUUCAAGGAUAUUUUGUCUAUUCUUUUAAUGACAAGACUGCUCCUAAGUAUGGUCUCUACAGCUACAUUGCAAAUCAAUACAAACCAAAGCCUUCUCUGAAACAUUACAGAGAAAUAAUUGGCAAUAAUGGUUUUCCUGGUUCUGAAACUCCUGAGUUGUUGUGUCUGGAGGAGGUUGCCUUGUGUCCUGAAUGCCACUUCUUCCGAACAAGAAAAUCGUUAUUAGCCUUUGUCUCUUUCAUAUUUGUUGCUUUUAUUGUUACUAUAUUCUUCAUUACUUACUACUCCAGGAGGGUAGAAAGAAGGUAUAAAUAG